AUGACGGCCGAUAACGUUCCCGCAGACACCCCUCCUCCCCCUCCUUUCCGUUUCAUCACAGACCUCUCCCGUCGCCCUUCUAAUUCCUCUCAGACGAGCGCGUUCUCCUUUGGCAGCGACUUCAGUCAAUCCAACGCCGCGCCCGCUCACAAGGACAGGUGGCGCACUGGCGUCACCCCCUGGAGUAUCAAUGUAGCGCCCACCGUUGACGGCUCUUCGUCUUCCUCGGACUCACCGUCCUCCAACGGCUGUCGCGAGACGCCGCGCCCAAACGUUGCUCAGGCCAAGCCUGAGCCGAUCUCCGUCGCCAGGGCAACCCCCUUCCUUCCUGGCAUCAGUGGCGGCAUCUGGUCGACUACUCUGUCGAGCAGCCCUCAUAUGUCAUACAGCCCCACCAGCACGCCCUCAGGGGGAGAUGAUAUCCGCAAGCUCCAGGAGCGCGUUGACCACCUCCAGAUCGAGAAGAACAUGGCGAUCGCCGACAACACUCGCCUCUCAUCUGAAGUUCACCAUCUCACCACUCUCUCCACCGGCAACUUUGACAUGGGCGUCUCUCCUACCGAGUCAACCUUCCCUCCCGGCAGCUUUGGCCCCAGCGAUUCCUUGCCGGCGGGCUGCGAGCCUGGGGCAGUGCUCUCAUCUGCAGAGCGAGUACGACCUCAUCCGACCUCUAGUUUGGACCAUCGCCCAUCAAGAGCCCAGGAGCAACUCUCAGGCAUGGCUGCCAAUGCUCUCGGGUCGAGGUCCACCCAUAUCACCCAGCACCUCAUCAACGUUAUUCUCGAGUGGGCCAAGGCUCUUUGCUUCACUUCCAAUGGUAACUAUCUCUGUCAGCAACUGCUCGAGAAGGGGACGACCGAGGACCGCAUCAGCUUUAUUAAGGUUAUCCAGGACGACGUUGUCUCGAUCGCCAACAACAAGUUCGGUGCUCACGUCCUCGUCAAGGCUGUUGGAAUCAAGGAGCUGGAGGGUCUCAUCUCGGACGCCCUCAUCAAAUAUGGGAUCUUCGAGUCCAUGCAGACGGGAGCUCGCAAGGUUUGGCGUCCUGUGAGUGAAGACGGCCAUUCUACUGCUAAUCCCCAGUAUCUCGGCAAAUGCCGCAGCUCUAACGAGUCUGACAUUUUCAACAAAAUCAAAGAAGACAUGUGUGGUCGCUGGGCUGACCUUUCCGUUUCCAAUGAAGAUGCCUGUUUCAAAGAAGUGCGUGUAGCCUUUGACUUCUACGAUCUCGACUUACACCGAAGAUUCUUGAUGAUAUCUCAACUGUCGCCAAUAGUCAAUACGGCCAGUGAGUAUCUAUGUGUUCGGCAAUGCCUGACACCCAGCUUUGUUGUCAACAAGCUUCUGAACCUCCACGAGCCCAUGAUCAAAGGGGUUUCCCAUGCAAUCCUCACCGCCUAUCCUCCUCUCGCCACGAACCACCACGGUGUGCAGUUCGUCGAGUUCGUCCUCAGCUCCAGCCGUAUUCUUCAGCGCAACAACAUCGUCAAGUACAUUGAGGGUCUGUGCUCUCAAAAGGAAGGCCGAACGCCCGCCCUCGUCGCCGUGGCGAAUUCUUCCGUUGGCCGCGGUCACCUUCGUGCCUCCCGGCGAGCGCAACUUGAUGAGCCGCGUUCACAAUACCUGCCGUCAGUACCAGACCACUCUGCGCAACUCACAGAGUGGCAACGAGCUCCUCCGCAGCCUGUAAGUAACUUCGGUCUUGUCGCAAGCUCACACCACCCAGAGGCAUCAUCAACACUCCUGCUCGUCGCGCCUGAGCAACAACACCCCAGCACUCCUCUCAAACCCCGCCUAAGCAGUACCUUCAAGCGUUCCCUCGCUAUCCAGCUUUCAAUCCUUCAGCAUUUAAUGUAA